AUGGGUUCCGAAGCAAAGGCAAACGUUCUUCUGGUCGGUAGCGGCGGCGUUGGCACCAUUGGUGCCCUGAACCUCGAAGUCGGUGGAUUGGCAAGUGUCACUGCCGUCCUGCGGUCAAAUUACGAUGCCGUCGUGAAGAAUGGCUUCCACAUCAAGUCCUGCGACCACGGCACAAUCACCGGCUGGCGGCCAUCCAAGGUCGUCAAGAGUGUCCCCGACGUCCAGAAAGAAGGCCUCAAACCUUUUGACUACAUCGUUUGCACCACGAAGAACAUCCCAGACGUGCCGCCGACGCUCGUCGAUCUCAUCACCCCUGCCGUCACACUGGGCCACACAACCAUCGUGCUUAUCCAAAACGGACUCAACAUCGAGAAGCCCCUCUUCGCAGCAUUCCCGCAGAACGCCGUGCUGUCGGGCGUCAGCAUGAUCGGCUCGCACGAGGUCGGCCACGGCAUCAUCGAGCACGACGACAACGACCAGGUCAUCCUGGGCGCCUUCCGCAACCCCAAUCUCGAUCCGGCGCUGGAAGACAAGGCGGCCCAGGACUUCGUGCGCAUCUACAGCGCUGGCGGCAAGACCGAGUGCGAAUACACUCCCAACGUCGGCUACAGCCGCUGGCGCAAAUUGGUGUACAACGCGUGCCUGAACUCCAUCUGCGCUAUCACCGGCCUCGACACUGGCCGCAUCCGUCUGGCUGACUGCGGCAUCGAUUACCUGGUCCGCCCGGCGAUGGAGGAGAUCCGGGCGGCGGCGAAGGCGGCAGGACAUGAGCUCCCUGCUGAUGUCGCAGAUACAAUGAUCAAUGUCGAUCCGUUGACCAUGUAUCUGCCGCCGAGCAUGCUGAACGACUUGCGGAAGGGCAAUUUCAUCGAGGUCGAGAAUAUUCUUGGUGAACCUCUGCGAGAAGGCAAGGCUAUGGGCGUGCCGAUGCCUACAUUGAACGUGCUGUAUGGGAUGUGCAAGGCCAUUCAAUGGCGGACAAAGGAAUCGCGAGGUUUGGUGAAGAUUCCGCCGAAGGGAGACUUCGUCGCAAAAUGA